AUGCACAAGAUGGCUGCUCUAAGUGGACGCUCAGCGUGCUUCACGCUCCUCUCGAUGACCCUCCAGCUGGCGGCCACCCAGUUUCUCUCGUCUGGCGCUAGCUCAAAACCGCCCAAUAGGACGCGCUCGGCAAGUGCUCCCUCUUCGGAGAGGCGCAGCGGUCUGGGUACGGCGGUCCCACCCAGAGACACUCCAGCCUGGGACCCAUCUAGCAGCCCGGAGUCACCCCGACAGGGCACCCGGUUCCUGUGCGAGGAAAUCCGAAACUGCUUUGCUGGCUUGGAUCGCUGCGCCUCUCAAAACAGCGGGCACUUGCCGAGUGCGUCCUGGUACUGUGCAACACUGAAGCUGGCCCCGGACGGGAGAGACUGGGUCCCCGCAAGCCGGGAUGUAAUGAACAAUAAGGUUACGAACGCGAUCCACGCAGAGCGCCAAAAUAGAGCAGCCAUCCCCAGCGACGAGCUGCGUAGGCUGUCUAUUUGGUCGAAGGGAGGUCUGGACUCGCAUUACCAGGACGAUAAGGGCCUUGCUGUACGCACGAAGAGCAGGAUCACGAACCGCAAAAGAAUUGUGUAUUUCAGCAGCUGUGGGGAGGGGCAAAUACGGCUAUCUUUCGGCGUAUACCCCCUGUUCUCCCUUGCCCAAACUUCGCAGGCCAAGAUGUCGCCCGACUCGCCCUUCCGGGCGGCAUGUCCGGCGCUCUUCUGCGCGCACGAGGUGGCCAAUGAUUGA